AUGGGUGUCGAAGUGGAAGAUGAAAGGGUGAUUUCGGAAGCCCCGUCGCCUUUACGGACGCCACUGGCAGAGAAUUUCACGCUGAGGUCAGGUAAUUCCCAUAUCUCAGACAGGAGAACACCACGGGCGAGCUUGAAAAGAAAGCGCAUGGAAGAAGACGGUAAUGCUCGGAAGAAAUUUUUGGAAAUAGCAGAAAAACAGGCAGAUGCACUAAAGAUGCUAGCCCAGUCGAGUAUAGAAACAGUAGAAGUCGCGAAACAACAAGCAGAUGCUUUAAAGAUCUUAGCCGAAAGCAGCUCUGCAAUUGCUCAGGCUAAUAAAAUGAUGGCGGAGGCAAUAGCCGUAUUGGGGAAUGGAUUAAGCGCUACCGCAGAAGCAUUCAACAAUCUAACGAAUGCAAUAUAUCGUAUGUAG